AUGGCAUCGAAUGCGGCGGUUCCGUUCUGGAGAGCGGCGGGGAUGACGUAUAUCACAUACUCGAACAUCUGCGCGAAUCUGGUCAGAAACUGUCUCAAGGAGCCUUUCAAGGCUGAAUCUAUCCAUCGCGAGAAGGUUCACUUCAACCUCUCCAAAUGGGCUGAUGGAAAACCCCAGAAACCAGGUACCUCUCUUCAGGAUCCUUAUCGUUUCUCCAAUUUGAUCGAGAUCUAG